AUGACACUAACCAACCUUGCCGUCGAUAUCCCCGUGAAGCAAAAGGCUGUGAUCUUCGAUAAGCCUGGCACGGUCUCGACUCAGGUCGUAGAGAUCGAUGUGCCCGAACCCGGUGAUGGCCAGGUUCUUAUUAACCUAACACACUCGGGCGUGUGCCACUCUGACCUCGGCAUAAUGACCAACACCUGGAGCAUGCUCCCAUACCCAACCCAGCCCGGCCAAGUAGGCGGCCACGAAGGCGUAGGCAAGAUCGUCAAGCUGGGCCCGGGCACCGAAUCCUCAAACCUGAAGAUCGGCGACCGAGUCGGAGUCAAAUGGGUAUCCAGCGCAUGCGGUCAUUGUCAGCCCUGCCAGGCAGGAUCAGACGGCCUCUGCUUCAACGGCAAAGUAUCAGGCUAUUACACACCAGGCACCUUCCAGCAAUACACCCUAGGACCAGCAAACUACGUAACCCCCAUCCCCGACGGUCUCGACUCAGCCGAAGCAGCGCCAAUGCUGUGCGCCGGCGUGACCGUCUACUCCGCCCUCAAGCGCAGCCACGCACGCCCGGGCCAGUGGGUGAUCAUCUCCGGCGCAGGCGGCGGACUCGGCCACAUCGCCGUGCAACUCGCCAGCAGGGGAAUGGGCCUGCGCGUCAUCGGAAUCGACCACGGGAGCAAGCAAGACCUCGUGGUGGAAUCCGGCGCGGAGCAUUUCGUCGAUAUCACGCAGUUCCCGAGGGACGAUCAGGGCGAGGCGUUGACCAAGCAUGUUCAGUCGUUGACUGGUGGGCUGGGGGCGCAUGCUGCCGUGGUGUGUACGGCUGCGAAUGCGGCUUAUGCGCAGGCUUUACCGUUGUUGCGGUUUAAUGGGACGCUGGUAUGUGUGGGCAUCCCGGAGAAUGAGCCUGUGGCUAUUGGGACCGCGUUUCCUUCUACGUUCAUUAAUAAGCAUGCGACUAUUACUGGGUCUGCGGUGGGGAAUCGCACUGAGGCUGUUGAGACUAUGGAGUUUGCUGCGAGGGGUGUUAUUAAGGCGCAUUAUCGGAUUGAGAAGAUGGAUGCUUUGACUGAGGUCUUUAAGGAGAUGGAGGAGGGCAAGUUGCAGGGUCGGGUUGUUCUUGAUCUUUCGGGGUAG